UGUAUGAGGCUUUAUCACGGUGUUAUUUGGGGUGGGCACUGUGAUAUACAGCUGUACAAAAACCUGAGAGCAACAAUCUUAAACUAUCCUAUUUUAAAGAUGGACAAAAGGGGACUGGACAAAAUAUCUCACAUUGAACUAUAAGGAAACUAAUGUGUAAUGGUUUUUAUAAGCAGAUUUUUAGGUUUUUGUUGAAGCAUUGAGUUGAGAUGUAUCACUGUGAUGCCUUUGACUACUGGGGUCAAGGGACUGCAGUCACCAUUAAUUCAGGAACUGCACCGACUCUGUUCCCUGUGGUUCAAUGCGGCUCUGGGACUGGAAAUCAAAUCACUGUUGGUUGUCUGGCUCAUGACUUCAUCCCAAAGAGUACUUUCCAGUGGACGGAUGCCAGCGGGACCAGUUUAACUUCUGUACAACAUCCUGCAACUGUCAAUGACAACAAAUUCACAGGUCUUAGUCUGGCCCGAGUAUCCAAAUCUGACUGGGGUUCAAGGAAAUCUUUUAACUGUUCUAUGACGUAUCCUGGAGGAUCCCAAAGUGUCAACUUGCAAGGAGACAACACACUCCCUCCAAAGUUAACGUUGGUAUCAGUGCCAAGAGAAGACAUUUGGGCUCUGAUGUGUUCAAUUGAUGAUUUUUACCCCGAAAAAUUGACAGUAAAAUGGAAGAAAAAUGAAAUAGAAGAAACUGGCUUCACUACUUGGCCCCCCAAAUCAUUCAGGAACACAUUUUCAGCUGUCAGUGUUCUGAAUGUGAGGAACACAGACUGGGACAGUAAAGCCGUGUACACAUGUGAGGUGACACACAAAGGCACAACAUAUAUGAAGAAGGCCUCAAAAGCUGCUGUCACAUUGGCCCUUAACCAACCAAGUCCCAAAGAAUUGUUCAACAACAACCAGGCAAAGUUGGACUGUAUCGUUUCUGGACAAGACAGUAGUGUUGUAAACGACAUGAGAAUAACUUGGCAAAUUAAUGAACACAAUGUGUCUGAUGGCAUUACUUUGACGGAAAAUUCCGGAAAUGGUCAACACAGCAAAAUCAGCACGUUGACUCGGCGUCUCUCAGAGUGGCAGACAGUCAACAAAGUGAGAUGUUCUGCCAUGAGAGACAAUAUGACACCAGUAAUUCAAGACCUGACUGUCCAUAAAGGAGAUUGGAAGAAAACAAAAGUGACCGUCCACGUCCUCCCAGAGGAGGAAAUCAGCAAAGGAAACGAGGUCACUCUAGUGUGCCUGGUCUCCAGUCUUGAACAGCAGGAUUACUACAUCGCCUGGUCUGAGUACAUCGGACAAAAGACUGGAAACUAUGUUGAUGGCAUUAACUUCCCACCUCAGAAGACCCAACAAGGCUACUCAGUAACAAGUAUUUACUACACAACCAAGGACAAGUGGAACAACCACACGUACACGUGCAACGUCUGGCCUGCUGGCAGCAAUAGUUCCAUGAAUCCACAGCCAGUGUCUAAGGCCCAGGAGUCAAAAGUGAGUGGGGGUGAAUACUACAUACAUGAUGCCGUUGAAGAGGAUGAGUUCAGCAGCUUGUGGUCCACAGCCGCCUCUUUCAUAUUCCUCUUCAUAGCCUCUCUCUUCUAUAGCAUGAUAAUCAGCCUAGUCAAGAUAAGGAGUCAAUAAGGGAUGGAACGGAUGCACAACACAGACAAGUACAUUUGUGAUUUUUGGUAUUUCUUUUUCAUCUAGUUUUAAAAGCAUGAACAUAAUCCACAAACUACUGUAUAUUGUAAUUUCAAAAAUGUAAUACAUGAUGUUUAAACAUUCUAUUAAAGUGUAUUUUCUGUAACCUAAA